AUGGCCGCCGAGCUCGACCCGGCAGCGUAUCGUGUCGAGUGCGGCGAAGACAGCGGCUUCUUGCUCUACGCACGGCUAUCCGAGCGCCAACUCGCAAAUACCGAAGCAGUUCGUGUCGCUGAAGCCGCCGGUCGGUACUUUAAGAACGCUCUUGCCGACGCGUCGUGCUCGCCGGUGACGACUCUGCGCGUGCACUACAUGCUCGGGAAGCUCGGGAAGAAGAUUUUGACGCUGCACAACGAGCGCCAUCUUUCCUCGUCCUGGCGCUCGGUGCUCGAGUCGUUUGCAAACGCUGACAAGGCGCGCGUCGAUGACGACGCCGACGAGUACCUCGUCCACGCCUUUCACCUGCUCCACGCGACACGCCUCAAGCUGCUGCUCGCGCCAAACUGCGUCUCGGCCCUCGAGGUCGUGCCGCAGGAAGACAAGUACUUUCACCCGGCAUACUUUAGCCUUGCCCGCGGUGUCUUUUACGCCGGCGCAAUCGUUGAGGACGAGACCAAAUACGGGGCCGCCGCAGCACUCAAGGCGAUGAAGCCACUCUUUGAUAAGAAGCGGUCGCAGAUCGUGUCCGUGUGGCUCUCCGAGUCGGACACGCACAAACUCGACGAGCUGCACCAGACGCAAGCCGCGUACGACAAGCUCCGGCUCAAGUAUCACCAGUUUUACAUGCAUUUGCUCACGGCCGGCGGCGACUAUGCGCGCAUCUGUGAGAUAACCAACUGGAUCACGAGCAGCAAGGAAGAACACUGGGUGCUCGAUGCGAUGUUGGCGCAGGCACUUGUUGCCCGGAGCUACCUCGCGCGUGGUCGUGUGCUGGACAUGUACAUGAAGUGCCUCUUUCCGCAAAGCGACGACGAGCCCGCGUCUGCCAAGGCCGUGGCGCACCUGCACCGCAUGUACGGCGUGUACAUGGAGUCGCAAGAUGCGUGGCAACGCGCACGUCCGUACAACCACGGGUCGAGCAUGGGUAGCUGGCUCUGGGAGGUGACCAUGGCGUACGCUUUGGCCCAAUCGUCACUGAUCGAGUCAGGCGCGGACCUUCUCGGUGUCGUGGCGGUCGCGCAUGUCAAGUCGCACCUCGAUAUGCGGGACCCAUUGACGACAAACGAGACGAGCCUCCUUGGUCUCCACCUCGAGCUCAAGAUGGAAGACCGGCGCGACUGGGCCGACUUGGUUGACAACACGCUCGCGUAUUGCGCGACGACGUGGCCCGAGAAGACGAAAAGCAACAAGUCCAAGCUGCCGACCCCCAAGACCAAGCCACACCUGACGCUGGCGUAGAUUUCCUUUCUAUUGCAUCCAAGACGAACAUUAUCAAGC